AUGACCAUGACAAGGAUCGCGUUUCAUAGGCCACCAUCACCCCCUUGCGACAACUGCUCAACUUCACCUGGCGCUCAGGUCGUGGCACAGGACGACUACGAGGACACAUCGUUCGCAGUCGAGCUCGUGCCAAGCAGUGGAAAGCAGGCUGCCGCCGCGUUGGCAGUGGCAUCCGUGGACACUGCGUCAGUGACCUUGGAAGCAGAUGCAUCUUUCAAGCAACUUGUGGCAGAUGCCAUGGAGGUAGCCGAGGAGCUCAAGAGCGCAGCGGCCACAAAGCUGCAGGCCUGGGUCCGUGGCAGGCACGUGAGGCAAAGAAGAGCGCGAAUGGAGAAGAGUGCUAUCACUCUGCAGAGGGCCUUCCGAAGGCUCCGUGGCUCGCAGGGUCGGAGGAAGCAUUCGGCAGCUGUUGAGGCGGGGAUGCGCCAACGCGAGGCGUGGGCCAUGGAGUUUCAGAGAGCUGCAGGCGAAGGCGGUUUGGAGAAGUCUGGCUUUCUCCAAGCGCUCAAAGGUGCAUGCGGAGAGAAAGUUUCUGAAGCACAGGCUUCAGCGCUGUGGGCUGGAUUCCUGGAGCAGCGUGAGGCUGAUGAGCCCAUGUUGCUCUCAACUUUCCGGGCCAUAUGCGAGGCUGUUCUGAAGGGAGAUGCCAGGGCAGCUGAGUUUGCAGGACUUGCAGAGGAGGAAUACAGAGACUGCACUUGUUCCGCUCCGAUCGCGGAUGGCGAGGUGGCGGCACGAGAAGAUGAUGCCGCCAUGCGCUUCGUAGUCGAGCACUUGCUCAGCAGUGGCCAGCGACGUGCAGCCGCCCUGGCAGAGGAAUGCGAGACCGCUGCGCCAGCGGAACCAGACAGCAACAGCGCGUGCCUUGGGAACCCUGGCGAGGAUGCAAUCGAGGUGGCAGCAGCAGAGGAGCUCAAGAGCGCAGCGGCCACGAAGCUGCAGGCCUGGGUCCGUGGCAGGCACGUGAGGCAAAGAAGAGCGCGAAUGGAGAAGAGUGCUAUCACUCUGCAGAGGGCCUUCCGAAGGCUCCGUGGCUCGCAGGGUCGGAGGAAGCAUUCGGCAGCUGUUGAGGCGGGGAUGCGCCAACGCGAGGCGUGGGCCAUGGAGUUUCAGAGAGCUGCAGGCGAAGGCGGUUUAGAGAAGUCUGGCUUUCUCCAAGCGCUCAAAAGUGCAUGCGGAGAGAAAGUUUCUGAAGCACAGGCUUCAGCGCUGUGGGCUGGAUUCCUAGAGCAGCGUGAGGCUGAUGAGCCCAUGUUGCUCUCAACUUUCCGGGCCAUAUGCGAGGCUGUUCUGAAGGGAGAUGCCUGGGCAGCGGAGUUUGCAGGACUUGCGGAGGAGGAAUACAGAGACUGCACUUGUUCCGCUCCCAUCGCUGAGGCUGAG